AUGUGGAUCCUGCCCUUGGUAGGGUACCUGGGGUUGAUUGUUGGGUUCGCUUUCCUCACUCUUGCUAUUGCCUCGGGACUAUACUAUUUAUCGGAACUCGUGGAGGAACAUACCGUUCUUGCGCGCCGGUUACUGAGCCGCCUAAUAUACGGCAUAAUCGGGCUCCAAGUUCUACUCGUCAUUAUCGACCGAUUCCCUGUCUGGCUCUCCCUUCUCAGUAUCCUCUCCCAUCUUGUCUAUGCCAGCAAUCUACGCCGCUUUCCCAUCGUCAAAUUAUCCGACCCUGUGUUCAUUCUCUCGUGCAUUUUGGUCCUUCUCAACCAUUGGCUUUGGUUCCGCCAUUUCUCGAAGCCGCUCCCUCCUUCCCGCCGCACCGAUAAUAACUGGCGCCAGCCAUACCAGGUUGACUAUGCAGAUAUGCCAUCAUUUUCGGAGGUGGCCUCAUAUUUUGGUCUCUGCGUUUGGUUAGUGCCAUUUGCCCUCUUUGUUAGUCUGAGCGCCGGGGAAAAUGUUCUACCCAGCAUGGGAUCUGAAUAUGCCACUGGAGAACAUUCCUCAUCUGGGAUGGGUCACAGUCAUGGUCCAUCCGAUAGCAAGACGAAGAAUAAAGGGAUGGCAAAAGCAUUGGUAGACAAUGUGCGUGAUUGGGCUCGAGAGAAUGGGGAACUCAUGGGGUUCUGGCGCGGUGAGCGUACUCAACGUUUCUAA